AUGGCUUCCAGACAGCAGCUCCGGAGACUGACCGAGGAGGCAAUUUGUCCCAUUUGUCUGGAUUUCUUCACUGAUCCGGUUAUACUGGAUUGUGGACACAACUUCUGCCGUUCCUGUAUCACUCAGAGUUGGGAAAAGAAAAAGAUAAACUCCUGCCCGGAAUGUAGAGAGGAGUUUCCGGAAAGAAACUUCAGGGUAAAUCGGGCCUUAGCGAAUCUGGCCGAGGAGGCUCGAAAAUUCAAAUUGGAUACGAAAAAGGAGGAAAGUAAACCUCACUGUGAGAAACAUCAGGAAGAACUGAAGCUGUUUUGUGAGAAUGACAAGAAAUUGAUCUGUCUGAUUUGUAGAGAUUCGCGGGAACACAGAGAGCACCGCUUCCUGCCGAUCGAUGAGGCUGUUGAAGUCUACAAGGAUAAGCUGAAAUCUUCCUUAGAUUCUCUCACAGAGAAGAAAUCGGCGGUUCUACAAACUGAACUGACCCAGAAACGGAAGAUUUCCGAAGUGAGGGUGAGGUCUCCCUGUGCUGAUUUUCUGGGAUCUCGGAGGCAGCUUGUCGGAAGAGAAGGAUUAGUGAUGAGACUCGCACAGUUCACUGGCCCUUUACAGUCCACAGUCUGGAGAGAAAUGAUACACACUAUUAACCCAGCUCCAGCCUCUCUGACUCUGGAUCCGAACACAGCACGUCCCUGGCUCAUCCUGUCUGAGGACCGGACCAGUGUGAGAUUCGGAGACAAACGGCAGCCGCUCCCUGACUCCCCGGAGAGAUUUCAUUCCUGGCGAUGUGUCCUGGGAUCAGAGGGAUUCACAUCAGGGAGACAUUACUGGGAGGUGGAGGUUGGGGAGAAGACCCGGUGGAGUCUGGGAGUGGCCCGAGAGUCUGUGAAGAGGAAAGGGAGGAUCACCCCGAGACCGGAGACUGGAUACUGGAUUGUGAGGCUGUUACCCAGAUGGGGUUAUUUAGCCGCCACCUCCCCAUCACCGACCCCCCUCUCCCCGAGUGUGAAUCCCGGGAAGAUCGGGGUUUUCCUGGACUAUGGGGGUGGACAGGUGUCAUUUUACAAUGCGGACACCAUGUCCCAUCUCCACACUUUCACCCACACUUUCACUGAGAGGAUCUUUCCCAUCUUCCAUCCGGGAGGGAAUGAAGGCGGGAAAAACUCCGCCCCGCUGACAAUCUGCGGGAUUAAAGGGCACUGACAGAUCCAUCCCAUAAUUUCACCCCGUCCGUCUGCCUCCUGCCAGCUGUAAACUGAUGGGGGUCGGUCUCAGUCUGGGGGAGAGAAGGAGGGGGAGAGAAGAAACAAACAGAAGCUCAAUUGUAGAGAGGGACUGACUGGGUAGAAUGAGCUGUGAGCUGCAGGAACCCGGGGACCUUCCUGCCUGUAAUGUUGCUCCACAGGCGGGAGGUGGCGCUACAUGACGGUGUUGGAGAUGAAUCACUCAGUGGGUCUCAGACUGGGCUCAGUGGAGUCUUUCCAGGGGGACACCAAACCAUUUCACUGCAGGGUCAGUGGAGUCUUUCCGGGGGGAAAUUUAAAUCAUUUCACUGCAGAGUCAGUGGGGUCUUUGCGAGGGGACUGGGCUCCAUCAAAAUAAACAAUUCAGAGUGAUCUUCUUUAGACUUCCAUCAUGUGUCAGUAAUAUACAUGAUUUAAUAACAUAGCGAGACUGGUUUUGUUUUGUUUUCAGUUUGUAACUAUUGUCCAGAAUUUUGCUGCUCUUUCAUCAAAUUGGAAAAUUUGAAUACCUCAGAUUUGAAAGGGAUGGGUGAACUGAUCAUUUAUGUCAUAAUCAGAUAAUAUUUAACCCUGUUUGAAACUGUUCAGCUAGUACAAACUGCAAUGUAGUUGAAAUUAUAGUUAUCACUUGUCCCUGAGUUAAUAUCUAUCAUCAUUUAUCUCCACUGAGAUAAUCCUUAAGUCAGCCCAAGGAAAAUGUCUGUUUGAUAACAAUCAUUACUCUAGCAGUCUGUGUGCGAAACCAAUUCAGAUUUUGACAAUGUUUACGUUUAUGUCAUUAUAAUUUAUAUUGGAGGGCAGUAUCAAAUUUGAAAAUAGUUUCUUCAAUCAAAUCAACAUCUGUGAUUCACUAGAG